AAGGCACUCAAGUUUCCUCCCACACUCAAAAGACCCAACAGAGGAGGAGAGAGUCCCAACCAGGGGCGGACUGACAACUCAUGGGGCCCCCGGGCAAUAGGGGAUCAUGGGGCCCCUGUGUCCUUGCCCAAACUAAAAAAAGCCUAUGAAAAAGGUACCAGGGGCAUCUCAUGGGGCCCCCUACUGACCUCGGGCCCUCAGGCAGUGCCCGAGUUUACAAAUGGUCAGUCCGCCCCUGGUCCCAACAUCACUGCUAAGGAGGACCCCAUCCUUUGGAGGAGUAUUAAGCUGCAGCAUAUAGCUCAUUGG